AUGCUUGUUGAACGAGUUGAGAUCCCUGUCCCUUUGCUCAUCAACCUCGCAGUGAUCGGAAAAACCACUACUCCGGGACGACUCCUCUCCAAAACCCAAAGAACUUCCGCCUCAACGGACGCGAUCACAAUCAAACGGCUCCACUCUCUGCGAUUCACAGGAAUUUUUGGGCGUGUCGACUCUGUCCUCCCACCCUAUUCGCCUGGCUACAUCUAUUUGCAGAAGCCAACGCCAGAUGCUGCUGGCCACGUUUUCAUGGCUGGAUCCCGUAGGAGUCCGGUGUUGAGAGACCAGUGGAGUGGUGACCCCGAUCGCGAACCCCGUCCCCGAGACAAUAAUAGAGGUCGAGUCUCUCACAGAGAUAGAGGAAGAUAUCGCAACCGUGAUCGGGGGCGAGGAUCACGUCCCAACGGCCGUCGUUUUGAUUAUCCCCCUCGAUCGCCACCGAUAUCUGGACGCGUAUCCCGCUUCGGUCCUGAUUCAUCCAUCGCACCAAACGACCCUGCCAUCGAUCGAUCACCCCCGCGAGGCUCUCCUGGUCCAUCUCCAGGAUUCUAUAACAAUCGACGCUCAGACCAGAAUCGCCCUCCAUCAUCAGGCGACUGGAACUCCCAUCCAUCCGGACCUUUGGAAAGAGACGGCCCUGGGUUUCGGCGAGACGACUCGCCAGGUGGACCUCCAUCUAAACGCAAAAGAACACGCAGCCCUUCACCUCGGGGCCCUCGCGGCCAAUUCCCCCCACGUCAACCCUCGUUUGCAAAACACGGAGACCGACGCGACCGUAGUCCCGGCUACAAGAACCGAGGAGGUAGGUUCCCGGGCCGUGGGGGUCCUAGGCGAAGAUCCCCUCGUCGUGGCCGGGACCGCCGUGGAAGGGACCGUGGUCGCCCUGAUUUUCAAAGACCUGGCCGCUCUAGGUCACCCGCGCGGGGACGAGGAAACCCUACAUCACCAGAUCGACGCUCUCGAACACCCAGUGCCGGGGGCUAUAGUGACCGAGAUUCACGCUACAGGUCCCGCUCAGUAUCUAGACAUUCUGGGCGGUCUGCAGCAUCGAGAAUAUCUUCUUUCUCUUCUCGUAUACGGGGAGAUGAGGGCAUAAACUUGAACCGACCAGCUCAGUAUGUGGCUGAUGAUUCUGCUCUGGCUCCCUCACCACGUCCAAUACCGAGCUUUGAUGACAGCCAAGUCGGCCGAUUGGGCGAUGAGCCUGAUAUUGCGCGCGACGCAUUCUCGAUACAUGGGUCUCGGCAACCAGAUAUACGAAAUAAGCAGCGUAGACCCUCACGGUCACAUAUCGAUAUCCACCCAUAUUCAAAAUCACCACAUUUCACGCCAGCAAGUUCCCACCGUGGAUCUCCACCCACGUCUCCCCGUUCUGGAGGACGAGGGGGUUGGAACGGCCAACCCGCAUAUUCAGGCCCUGGCCAAUCUUCACCUCAUCGAAAUGAUGAUUAUUAUCAUUCGCAGAAUAUCCCUACUGGGCCAUAUAGCCAAAUGCAUCAAGGAUUUGAUGGACCCUCAAACCACCAUGCGCAGACGCCCCACGGCGCUGCGCCUUAUCGUGGUGGCCUUUCUGGCUACCGAGGCAACCACCCACCUCAAGGUCCAAGCCACCGAUAUUCUGGGCCUGGCUCUCAACAGUACAGUAAUGGACCGAUGCACCGCGGCGGAAGGGGCCACUUCAAUAACUCUCAAUGGACUUCUCGCGGUCGAGGUGGGCAUCAAAGCCCGCGACCUUUGCAUUCUCAAGGAUCCCGGACUCCACCUAGUCGUCAGCAAUCUGUUAAUGAUCCUCAGUCUCCUGAAGCUUUUGAGAAUUUGGUCAAUCACCAGUCUUCAAACAACAGAGGUAGCGAACGAGAUGAUGUACGCGGAGCGGCGGCCUUCGAGGGCUCCGAUGGUCAAAAUGAUUCCCACGAUAUGCCUCCGCCAGCACAUGAAGAUGAACCAGCGACCCCUGCAGACAAAGGUGGCAAGUUCAGUUUUGCACUCAAGGCAAAGACAACACCGGCCUCUGCGCCUAAACCAAAGCCAGAUCUGGCUCAGCGAAUGCAAAUCCGAGAACCCACACCGCGAGCCCAUCCACCUGAUGCACCAUCGCCUCGAAACCGCUUAACCAAUGGCCCAUUGCCCAAAUUCAAGCCUGAACCGCGAUUCGAUCGCCGUGACCGGGGUCGCGAUCGCAGAAACGCCCGAAAUCCUCGAGAUUUCCAUGAUUCACGGGAUCGGCGAGAUGACCGGCGUUUUGACCAGCGUCGCGAUGGACGAAGAGGCGGUCGACAGCCUGACUCCAGGCAAGAUCGCCGUAGGGAAUUCUCUCCUCCGCCACAACGAGAAUCACCUAGACAACCGCCCAAGCAAAAGAAGAUUCUUACGCGUUUUAAGCCUCGGCCCACUCUACCAGAACAAUAUGCAUCGGUCGACUCGGUUUACUAUCGAAAGCCGGGCAAUGAAUCUGUGAUCGGUGCAGGGACUUACGGGAAAGUCUUCAAGGGCAUUCACGUCUUCACUAAACGUGAGGUUGCAUUGAAGAAGAUCCGAAUGGAAGGCGAGAAAGAUGGUUUCCCCGUUACUGCUGUACGAGAGAUUAAGCUUCUACAGCAUCUUCGGAGUCACAAUGUUGUGAGCCUUCUGGAGGUCAUGGUUGAACGAAAUGAGUGUUUUAUGGUUUUCGAGUAUCUUUCGCAUGACUUGACUGGCCUCAUUAAUCACCCUGGCUUUUCUCUCACUCUUGCCCAUAAGAAAGACUUGGCCAAGCAAAUGUUUGAAGGCUUAAACUUCCUUCAUCACCGAGGUGUUCUGCAUCGAGAUAUCAAGGCUGCUAACAUCCUCAUCAGCAACCAAGGGUUGUUGAAAUUUGCUGAUUUUGGACUGGCAUGCUUCUUCUCGAAGACUCGUCAGCUUGACUAUACCAAUCGUGUAAUUACAAUCUGGUACCGACCACCAGAGCUUCUUUUGGGUGAGACGCGGUACGGUCCGGCUGUGGAUGUCUGGAGCGCUGCCUGUGUUUGCAUGGAAAUGUUCACCAAGAAAGCAGUCUUCCCUGGAGAUGGUGGUGAAAUUAGCCAACUGGAGAAGCUUUACGAGUCUCUGGGCACUCCAACUCGGGCCGAAUGGGCGGAUUUUGUGGAAAUGCCAUGGUUCCAACUGAUGCGCCCACAUGAACGCAAGAAGCGAAUAUUUGAAGAUACGUAUCGCGAUACAUUGACACCGGCUGCGCUGGAUAUGAUCUCCUCGGUGUUCCAGUACGAUCCUACCAAGCGACCCAGCGCCGAACAAGUUUUACAACAUCCCUAUUUCCUGUCUGAAGAACCGACUCCAACGCAGGCUACUGAAUUAGAGUUCGUCCAAGGAGAUUGGCAUGAGUUCGAAUCUAAAGCGCUCCGGAAAGAGGCUCGCCGGGUCGAGGCGCAGAACCAAAAAGACCGGGACAAGCGCAAGGCGGAGAAUCCGAGCGAUCGUGAUUCGAAGCGAGCACGGCCUGUAUAG